CACUUUCCGCGCCGCGGCGCUGGCGUAGCUAGACGGGGGACGAGGAAGCCGGCCCGGCCGGCUGCUCUGUUGGCCGCCAUUAGCGGACUGUUGGCGCGGAGUUGUGGUGGUCGUGCUGAUCGCCCCCCUUUUUAGCUUUUCGCGGUCGCAUCGUGUUGACAGCGAUGCCCAACACCUGCUGCGUGCCGGGCUGUCAUUCUGGAUACAAGGGCACCGUCGAAAAAGUUUCCCUGUUCUGUUUACCAGCCAACGCAGAACAACGCGUCAGGUGGAAACGUGCGAUCCCGCGACAGGAGACUGCCGGAUUUUCGUUCGAAUCAAAGUACGCUCGCGUGUGUGAAAAACAUUUCGACGCCAGUGACAUUGUACGUGCGGACGUGUGCACUGUGAACGGAGACAUCGUUUCGCUGCCCCGAGAACGACCGAGACUGGUGGAAGACGCCGUACCAAGGAUUUUUGAAGGUUUGCCUUCCUACCUCUCGAAACCAAAGCAGCGUUCGCGUGCAACGAAGGGCCCACCUCUAAAAAGGCCGCGAGAGCUUUCUCCGGAUUGUGAUGCGACAGUCGCGAAUGCAGACGUCUCCAGUGCAGCCGACAAAGAAAUCGAAGAUGUUGUGAGAACUGAGAAUCGCAAUGGCUACGCUGAUGCAGAGUGUCAAACAGAGGUCACCGUUUGUUCAGCGUCGGAGCUACAGAGAGUGAAGGCCCAACUUCGCAGCGUGAAGCAACAGCUUCAGUCAUGUCAGCGGAAACUCACAAAAGCGGAGGCGCACGCGAAUAGAAAGAAUGGAGUGUAUGCAGAUAUUCACAAGCUUUCAGACCGCGAGAAGCUCAUUAUAGACCAGUGCAUCAUGAAAGCAAAUAUGAAGUCUGCGAAAGCAGCACGGUAUAAAAAGGAAUGGCUUUACGAUUGUUUACUGCUGAAAAUCAAAUCCACAGCAGUUUAUACAUUUCUUCACGAGAAUAAUUUUCUGCCUCUACCACACCCUCGCACACUCUACUCCUAUCUGAAAAAAUCUGAAGGCCGGCUUCGGAUUUGA